GAUACAUUCUCAGUUGAGGGUCGGUGUUUUGUCCGUGUUGACGAGUAUGGCCACUUCAUCUAUUGGAAGAGUGAGGGGAGGGAGGGCCAGGUGAUAGAAUGCAGUCAGAUCUCAGACAUCAGAUCCAGUUAUUCCCCCAAGGAUCCAAAGAUCGCCGCUGACCUUGACCCUUGUUUCCUUGGUAACCUUGGUGAUCGUACAGUAACAGUUUGUAGUGGGCUGGACCUUGUGAAUAUAUUUUACUCUCAUUUUGUCGCUCCAGAACCUGAAAUAGCCAAGGUUUGGAUUGAUGCCUUGAGGUUGAUAACACAUAACCACAAAGCCAACAAUGUGUGUCCAAUGCAGUGUCUCAAGAAACACUGGAUGAAACUCUGCUAUAUGGUCAACCCAAAUGGAAAAAUUCCUGUUCGAAGUAUAACUCGUACAUUUGCAUCAGGGAAGACGGAGAAGAUGGUGAUGUCCCAGGUUAAAGAAAUAGGAUUGCCCAGUGGCAAGAAUGAUGAAAUUGAUCCUGCAACAUUCACAUUUGAAAAAUUUUACGAACUUUAUCACAGAAUCUGUCCUCGAAAUGAUAUUGAGGAAGUGUUUAAAGAAUUAUCAGAAAAUAAUGAUCAUCUCACAAUGGCAAAAUUAAUAGAAUUUUUUAAUGAGAGACAGAGAGAUCCAAGACUUAAUGAAAUUUUAUUUCCAUUCUUCGAUCGGAAACGAGUAUUAGAAAUUAUCAAUGAUUAUGAGGAAAUUCAGGGGUUUAAAGAAAAAGAACAAAUGAGUGUAGAUGGCUUCUGUCGGUAUCUGAUGUCUGAUGAGAAUGCCCCAGUGUUUUUGGAUCGUUUAGAGAUCUACCAAGAAAUGGACCAACCUCUUGCACAUUACUACAUCAACUCCUCACAUAAUACAUAUCUCAUAGGUCGACAAUUCGGAGGCAAAUCAUCAGUAGAAAUGUACAGACAGGUUCUACUAUCUGGAUGCAGGUGCGUUGAACUGGAUUGCUGGGAUGGUAAAGACAAUGACCAAGAACCAAUCAUCACGCACGGCAAAGCCAUGUGUACAGAUAUCCCUUUUAAGGAUGUGAUUUAUGCCAUAAGAGAUACUGCGUUCGUGACAUCAGAUUACCCUGUGAUACUAUCAUUUGAAAACCAUUGUAGUAAACCUCAACAAUACAAGAUAGCCAAAUACUGUGAAGAGAUAUUUGAGGAUAUGCUCCUAAAAUCUCCAAUUGCUGGUCACAAUCUUGAACCAGGGGUUCCCCUUCCUUCCCCAAGCCAGUUGAAACGAAAAAUACUCAUCAAGAACAAGCGGUUAAAACCUGAAGUCGAAAAACGCCAGUUGGAGCUCUAUAUGAAAGGACAGACCGAAGUAUCUGAAGACAUUCCAAUAGAAGACGCAGAUCCUGAUCCAGUCGUUGCUGUAGAUGGUGAGGACGGCCCAAUGAAUGAAUCUUCCUCAGAUGAUGAUUUGGUCCCAGAAAUAGUAAUGGAAAAAGAAAAAUUGUUGGAAAAAGAAAAAUUGGAAAAAGAAAAAUUGGCAAAAACCAAGAUGUCGGAGAUACUGCCAACAGUUCGAACGAAACCCGAAGAGGAAGAUCCUCAUCCUGAGAGCAAGUCUGGCAUAAAGGCUGCAGUAGUUGAGCUCAUCGCAGAAGUCGUCAUAGAUUCGGAUCCAGCAACAGUAAAAUCUAAAGGCAGUCUUACGGCAGAUGAAGAAGCUGCGUUAAUGUCUAGUUAUCACUACACUAGCGCCACCACAAACAUACACCCAUACCUCUCAUCUCUCGUCAACUACGCACAACCUGUCAAAUUCCAAGGAUUUGAUAUCGCUGAAGAGAGAAAUUUCACAUUUAAUAUGUCAUCGUUUAACGAGUCAACUGGUCUCGGUUAUUUAAAGAAUGAGGCUGAUAAGUUUGUGAAUUAUAACAAGAGACAGUUGAGCCGUAUCUACCCAAAGGGAGGAAGAGUUGAUUCCAGCAAUUACAUGCCUCAGAUAUUCUGGAACGCCGGUUGUCAGAUGGUCUCCCUAAACUUCCAGACUCCAGAUCUAGCCAUGCAGUUAAACCAGGGAAAGUUUGAGUACAACGGCAACUGUGGUUAUCUUCUGAAGCCUGACUUUAUGAGGCGUCCUGACAGGACAUUUGACCCAUUUGCAGAAAGUCCUGUAGAUGGUGUCAUUGCAGCACAAUGUUCAGUUCAGGUAAUAUCUGGUCAGUUCCUGUCUGACAAGAAGAUAGGAACCUAUGUGGAGGUUGAUAUGUAUGGCUUGCCAACUGAUACCAUUCGCAAAGAAUUCCGCACACGUACUGUGCCAAACAAUGGCCUUAACCCAGUCUAUGGAGAAGAGCCAUUUGUCUUUAGAAAGGUUGUGCUACCUGACCUAGCUGUGCUACGUAUUGCAGUAUAUGAAGAGACUGGCAAACUUAUAGGACAGCGGAUUCUACCUUUGGAUGGCCUGCAGGCAGGUUACCGUCAUAUAUCUCUUAGAACAGAAGGCAACUUUCCACUUUCUCUACCAACUGUGUUUUGUCGCAUCAUCAUACAUACAUAUGUACCAGAUCGCUGGGGAGAUUUGGUGGAUGCUCUUUUUGAUCCCAAACAAGCAGCAGACAGAAGAGCUGAGCAGAUGCAAGAGAUGGGUAUUGAUAAGAAUGAUAUUAGCGAGGUCCCCAUACUGCCAAAAACAAAGAAAUCUUCAGGAGGCUCAGCAGGCACCAAACCUACUACUCAGAAACAAAAUAGCAUCCCCAAUGCCAACAAUGGACAGUCCAAUGCAAAUACUAUACAAAACUCUAAUGCAGAUAAAAACAAAAAAGAUGAUCUAGAUCUACCUGCCCUUACCCCUGAAUAUAUGAGGUCAGAAAAAGGCUUUCAAAAAUUCCUUAAAAAACAAAAGAAAGAAGAAGAAGCGUUAGCGAAAAAACAUAACAAAGAUGCCAUGACAAUGCAGAAAUCUCACGCCCUCGUGGUGGACAAACUAGUCGCGUUACAUGACCGGGAAAAAGUCAACUCUGAGAAAAAUCUAGAAAAGGCUAUAAAGAAGAAGGGGGAGAGUAAUUGCAAUGAUUUGAAAACCCAAACAGAGGGAAAAGUAUCAGCAUUAGUCACAACACAUAAGUCAAAGGUGAAGGAUUUGGUUGCCCAGCAGACAAAGGAAUGGUCAGAAAUGAAGGCUCGGCAAAUGGCAGAGAGACAUGAACUUCAGAAGGUCCUGGUAAAGGCGCAGAAUGAAGCGUUGCAAAAACUCUUACUUGAAGCCCAAGGUUUGCAAAUACAGGAACUCAAACUCAGACAAGACAGGGACAACAAAGAUCUGAAAUCUAGCCAGGCUAAACAGUCAAUGGAGGCCAGCAAGACUGUCAUGUCCGACAAAUCAAUAAAGAAUAAAGCUGAGAGAGAUAGGCGGAUACGAGAAUUGAACAGUAACAACACUAAAAAAUUCAUCGAAGAACGAAAAAGAAUAGCAAUGAAACAUUCUCGCCAGAUGGACACCUUAAACAAAAUCCACCAGGAGCAGAUGGUCGAAAUGGAGAAAGAUGCUGUUAAGAGUGUUAAAGAUAUUGAGGAAGCCUUGUUAGACGAGAAAAGCGUUGAUUUGUUCACCCAUCUGGUUCAUACACCAUAGGCUAUAAGUAGUCAUUUGCAAUGAUAGAUGUCGUGUACUUAGAAGCAAAACUCGCAGCGAAACCAGAAACAGUAGUCUAAUUGUAAUAGAGAGCAGCACUAAGUCGCUUCAGCAUCAUAGGAUCAUGGGAUAUACCUUCAAAUCAUGGGAUAUACCUUCAAACCAUGGGAUAUACCUUCAAACCAUGGGAUAUACCUUCAAACCAUGGGAUAUACCUUCAAACCAUGGGACAAGCCUUCAAAUCAUAGAAUAUAGUACUUCUUUAAGUAUUUCUAGCAACCAUUAGAAGUAUGAAAACACAUUUGGAAUAAAUUAUGGAACACACAGGAUACCAUUUUUACAUGUUAUUCCAUAUACGGUAGAUUCAUGUUAAAAUAUGGAUACAUGUUAAACCAUGGAUACAUGAUAAUGUAUGGAUACAUGUUAAAUUAUGGAUAGUGUGGACAUAUAUAUUAAACAAUAGAUUUAUGUUGGGAACCUUGGACAUAAAUCUGAAAUUGAAAUCGAUAUAUGAGAUACAUGUGCUAAAAAUAAUAAUGAAGAAAUAUGGAGGCAUACAUUAUCACCCAUUGAGGUAUAGAUCGCCACCGAUGGAAAUAUAGAUCACCACCCAUGUAGGAUUGUUGGUAUAGACCACCACCCAUGGCGGUAUUAUAAGAUCACCACCAAUGGAGAUUUCAUCUUUGAAUAAAAGGUUGAUCUGAGAACAAUUAUGCAAGUUAAAAGUUGUAGUUAAUUAUUUUCAAUGUCUGAAAAAAGAUAGAUCUCAAAAUGUAUUUGUUUAAGGUAGUCAUGUAAGUUCACUCAUUCUUAAGGGAAGGAUCAAAAAUCAUUAAGCAUUUCUACGGAGAACUAAUUACGCUUGAGGCAAAUCUGCUGUAGGAAAUGGGCAAUAUUUCAAUUUAUUUAUCAUAUAAUUUAUGUCAUUAUGUCAAAAUUUGUUUGAUGGGACAAAAUUAAAUGAUUAUAUGACCUAAAAUUAUUAGCAUACAUAUUCACUUUGGAACGUAUAUUUUAUUUGAUUCAUGUACUCAAUUUUUGAUAAAUAGGGAGUUUGCCACGAAUAUACAUGUAUUACAGUGAUCUCCCAAGCAUUAAAGC